UUUAUUUCAGAGGAAAGUAUAGCUCAUGCUUAUAGUGAAAUUAAUGAUUGCAAACAAGAACUACAGCAAGCAAAGAGAAUCAGAAAAAAUAGACAAGAGUAUGAUGCAUUAGCACAAGGGAUUGCCAAACACCCAGAGAGACAAGAAACAUUGAGGCAAAUAGAAGACCUUGAUAAAGAACUUAAGGAACAAACUGAAAUUAAAGAAAGCUUAGCUAGUAAGGUAAGCUGGUAACUUGUAUCUUCACCAAUAUUGGAAUUAAUAGAUACAAAGAACUUUGUAUAACAAAGAACUUACAAGAUACUCUAUACUUUGACAGUUUGUAGG